UACAGAUGUCUCCACUUAUCCUGUUUAUUUCUGUAGCAGCUACACAGAAAUGCCAUAAUUCUACUGUCACUCUAAAUAGAGGGGAACUUCUUAAAGGAAUAACUUUUUAUCCUUACAGAGAGAUAAAUAACUCAGAAAAUGUUUCAGAGCUGGCACACAACUUACUGGAUAUAGUAGGUCUCAGUUUUUGAAAAGUGGAUUUUUAUUUUUUUUAUAAUAGGAUUUCUAGAAACAUUGAAAACAUUUUUCUUUUCAAAUUGUUAAACUUGCAACUUCAAGAAAGUUGAAUUUGGUUUUUUGUUGGGUUUUUUUGGGCGAGGGGAGGUAUAAUUUAUUGUUUUUUAAACUGAGAGCUUUAACUGAGAUUUUGCAAUGUCAGCUGUGGUAGUUGAACUGGAUAAUCUUUCUCCAGAAGACACUGAGAGUGAAAAUGAUGCCAAGUCCUUUUCUGGUAAAGCCAAAUCCAAUGAACUACAUGUUGAUUGCUUCAGUCUUAAACUUCACUGCUCACACUCUUCACCUGCUGGUAUGAACACAAGCAGAAGUGAGACAGUGAAAGAGCCUCCAUUGAAGCCCUCUAGAAGAUCCAUGCCAUGCUUAGCACAGAGCCAAACACACCCUCACAGUCUGAGCAAACAUUCUUCAUUUCUUCAGCCAAAUAGGCUCCAGCCACAGGCUCGGCCUCUGAGUGCAGGCACUUCAACAGCUACAGUCAAUGUAGUGUCAGAACGAGCUAAAGUGAUGGAGACCCUGGAAAACAACUUACUCAAGUUGUCUAAUACAGAAUACAGUGAUCCAUUUUUAGAUAUAGGAAAAGACAAAGAUACAUAUACAGAUGAUUCAGAACAUAGGAAUUAUGAUUCUCGCACAGAUCAGUCACUGCUUAUUCAAAACACAGUUACCAGACAGAAACCAGAACCUCGGAUUAAGUCAUCUUUGAAGAAUGAGAUGAAUGCCAUAGCAUCAUCAGGCCUCUUCUUCAAAGAUGGUAAAAAGCGCAUUGAUUACAUCUUGGUCUAUAAAAAGUCAAGUCUACAAAUAGAAAAAAGAAACACUUUUGAAAAGAACCUGAGGGCAGAGGGCUUAAUGUUAGAAAGAGAGCCAGCUAUUACAAGCACCGAUAUAAUGUUUGUUAAAAUUCACUGUCCAUGGGAUACGUUGUGCAAAUAUGCAGAAAGAAUGAACAUCAGGAUGCCUUUCAGGAAAAAGUGUUAUUACACUGACUGGAGGAGCAAAACCAUGGGCAGUUUGCAGAGGAAUAUCAGAGAGCUGAAAAGUUGGUUGCCCAGAAAUCCAAUGAAGCUUGACAAAGAGGCCCUCCCUGACCUGGAAGAGACAGACUGUUACACAGCACCCUUUAGUCGAGCGCGGAUCCACCACUUUACAAUAAACAACAAAGAUAGCUUCUUCAGCAACUCCACAAGAAGUAGAAUAGUGCACCACAUGCUACAGAGAACGAAGUAUGAAGAUGGCAAAUCAAAAAUGGGUAUUAAUAGAUUACUCAGUAAUGGAACAUAUGAAGCUGCAUUUCCACCACAUGAGGGAAGCCACAAGAGCAGACAUCCCAUCAAAACACAUGGAGCUCAAAAUCACAGACACCUAUUAUAUGAGCGCUGGGCACGGUGGGGAAUGUGGUACAAAUACCAGCCUCUGGAUUUAAUCAGGCGGUAUUUUGGUGAAAAAAUUGGUCUUUAUUUUGCUUGGUUGGGAUGGUACACUGGAAUGCUCAUUCCUGCCGCACUUGUUGGGCUGUUUGUUUUCCUUUAUGGAUUGUUUACCAUGGAUUCUAGCCAAGUAAGCAAAGAGAUCUGCGAGGCAAAUGAAACCAUCAUGUGCCCUAUGUGCGAACGCAAUUGCACGCUACAGAAACUCAAUGAAAGCUGCAUAUAUGCGAAGGUUACACAUUUGUUCGAUAAUGGAGGGACUGUCUUCUUUGCUAUUUUUAUGGCAAUAUGGGCUACAGUGUUUCUAGAGUUUUGGAAAAGGCGGAGAGCUGUGCUCACCUAUGACUGGGAUCUCAUAGACUGGGAGGAUGAAGAGGAAGAGCUGCGCCCCCAGUUUGAAGCGAAAUACUCCCAAGUGGAACGAGUAAAUCCCAUCACAGGAAAACCUGAACCUUUUCAACCCUUCCCUGAUAAACUUAGUCGACUGAUGGUGUCUGUCUCAGGAAUAUUCUUCAUGAUUUCUUUGGUACUCACUGCAGUGUUUGCAGUUGUGGUCUAUCGCCUGGUAGCUAUGGAACAAUUUGCAUCCUUCCAGUGGUAUUUUAUCAAAAAGUACUGGCAGUUUGCAACAUCUGGCACUGGAGUCUGUAUCAAUUUCAUGAUCAUCAUGUCACUUAAUGUAGUAUAUGAAAAAGUUGCCUAUCUCCUAACAGAUUUAGAGCAUCCUAGAACGGAAUCUGAAUGGGAAAACAGUUUUGCCUUGAAAAUGUUCCUCUUCCAGUUUGUCAACUUAAACAGCUCAAUCUUUUAUAUUGCUUUUUUCCUUGGCAGAUUUGCAGGCCGGCCAGGAAAAUACAACAAACUUUUUAAUAGAUGGAGACUGGAAGAGUGUCAUCCUAGUGGCUGUUUAAUAGAUCUCUGCUUGCAGAUGGGAGUUAUCAUGGUUUUAAAACAAAUGUGGAACAACUUCAUGGAACUGGGUUAUCCGUUACUACAGAACUGGUGGUCACGACGCAAGAUCAAGAAAGGAGGGCAGUUAUUGGAGCAUAAAAUUUCACUACCUCAAUGGGAAAAAGAUUGGAAUCUGCAACCAAUGAAUCUCCACGGCUUAAUGGAUGAGUACUUAGAGAUGGUUUUACAGUUUGGCUUUACCACCAUCUUUGUUGCUGCCUUCCCACUGGCACCUCUCCUGGCAUUGCUUAACAAUAUUAUAGAAAUAAGACUAGAUGCUUACAAGUUUGUUACCCAGUGGAGGAGACCUAUGCCUGCAAGAGCAACAGAUAUAGGUAUCUGGUAUGGAAUCCUUGAAGGAAUUGGAGUCCUGGCUGUCAUCACUAAUGCAUUUGUUAUUGCAAUUACUUCUGACUAUAUCCCACGUUUUGUCUAUGCAUACAAAUAUGGCCCUUGUACAGAUGAAGGAUACAGACAAGAAAAAUGUUUAAAGGGAUAUGUCAACAGUAGUUUAUCAGUAUUUGAUCUGAAUGAGCUUGGUAUGGGAUACUCAGGAUACUGCAGAUAUCGAGACUACAGAGCACCGCCCUGGAGUUCAGCUCCUUAUGAGUUCACCUUGCAGUUCUGGCAUGUCCUAGCUGCGCGGCUGGCUUUCAUUAUAGUAUUUGAGCACCUUGUUUUUGGAAUAAAGUCUUUCAUUGCCUACCUGAUCCCAGACAUGCCCAAAGACUUGUGUGACAGAAUGAGAAGAGAGAAAUACUUGGUCCAGGAAAUGAUGUAUGAGGCUGAAUUAGAGCAUUUGCAGAGAGAGCGGAAAAAGAAUGGGAAACAGUAUCACCACGAAUGGCCUUAGUUGAUACCAUAUAGCAGCAAAAACAUUCCAUGAAAAUUGACUAGUGCAGGUCUCAAAUUAAGGUAGAUCUGGCAAUGAGGAGCAAUGUGUAUAUAUGCUACUAUUGGAAAAUAUAUUAACAGGCUUUUCUGGGUCCUGGAAAAUACAUGCUUCCAAUGAAGAAAAUGAAUAGCCAUAUCUGUCACUGGUCCAUGGUCAAUACCAGGAGUUGCUAUCAGUUCAUUAGAAAGUGUAAUAAGGGAUUGAGCACUUGGAUGCAUCAGUAAAGCAACUUGCAAUGAACUUCCAUGCUAUUCAUCAAGUCAUCAACAGCAUAAUGAAAAUAAAUACAUUGCCUGUAAAACUUUCAUAUUAAGGGCAUGACUCAAAAACAAGUUAUAUAUCAUCUGCUACUUCUAAAGCUUUUGAUUGCUCAAUUGAAGUUGUAAUGUCUAUGAAAAAAAAGUAUGAUUAAUUGUUGCCUUUGUGGCCAUAAAUUGAUGUUAAUGAUCCUUCAAGCUUACUGUUUGUCAGGUUUGUUUUAGUCUUUCGGUGAGAUUGUGGAGUGGUCCCGAUCUAAACGGGGACACAAGGCUGUUCGAUAUAUACUAUGCAGUUCAAGGUUGGCACAUCACUUCUCAUCCAUCUAUCUUUAUAGAUAAAGCCAAAAAAUUCUAAAUUCAAAGAAAUAUCAGUUCCAUUGAAAGACUACAUCAAUUCAUUGCCCAUGUUGCAGCUAUACUUGAAAAGAAAUGUGACUAUUUGAAUUGUCUUGCCAUUUUUGUAUGCAAAAAGGCCAUCUCAAUAUACUUCCAGACUAAAUGAAGAAUCAUUUCCAUGCUAAAUGUAGCAUGCAGAUGAAUAGCUAUGUCAAUAUUAUGUUGGUCUACCUAGAUAGUGAUUCUAUGACUUCAUAAAACGUUGACUUGAAAUUUCUAUUGCAGUGCAAAUAAUUUACUCGUGUAUAUAUAGUUAACUUUACAGUAUGCAAGCUACUGUCAUUUAUGCAGAUAUAUAUCAAAUAUACAGUAUAACAUCAUGACUUGCUUGUUCAGGGAAAGAGAAGCAGAGUACUGUAUAGCAGCACUCUGUCUAUUCCAGUAAUGUGCAUUCCUUAUCUUGGGCUAAAUAAAUCAAAGCAUGGAAAAAUAUGUAUAUUACUGUUAGGAUUAGAUUUUUUCUGCUUUUAUGCCUUCUUGGGAUAUAUUUUUCAAAAUCAGCAGAAAAAGUAAAUGUUCUCAUGGAGAAUUGAACUUCAGUUUUCACAUCCAUACAGGAUACUGCAUUGUCAGUUCUGAUUAGAGUCAUGAAAUUGUCUUCAUUUUUAAUAUUUCAUAAUAUCGGAGAAAUUAAGUACUAAACUAAAACAAGUGUACAGGAUUCACUUAUGGAAAAGGGGGAACUAAAAUUGUCUUGUUUCUCAUUUGUACAGUUUUAAAAAAUGGUUCUUAUUACUAUCAGAUGAAAAGAAUUAAAAGAAAAAAAUCAAAGAUAAUUUUCUUCACUUUUAAGACAUGUUAUAAUGCAACAAAGCACAGAAACUAUAGCAAAGAUAAAUUCUAAUGUCAAUCUGAAGGAUAAAGCUUCAGUGAAAUCACUUGUUGGCUGUAGACAAUGAGAGGAAUUGAAGUUUUCCUUCUUAGAAUACCUUAUUUAAGUAACAAGUAUAACUCCAAUCUUUACUUGCACAAAUCCAAAAUGCAUCUUAUUUUAUUAUUUCAAUGCCAAUGAAAGAGGAAAUUUUUUCAUAGGAACAUUAUAUUAAUGUACCUUUCUGUGGGUCUGACCCAAAGCCCACUAAAGUAAAUGGAAAGACUUCUGCUAUCUUCAUUGGGCCUUACAUCUGACCCUUAAUGAGGUUUAGUGAGAAAAUCCAGCUUUUUAUGACCAGACAAGGAGACUGCCUAUGUUUCCACAGUUUGGCAUCAAUGGGGAUCUAAUCAAAGUUUUAGCCAAAAAUUCCACAGCACUAGCUCUGUAGAACUGACACUGUCCCAUGCUUCUAUUCAAGAGGAAGUGUUUCCAUUCUACUCUGCUUACGCUGUAUUCUCAGUGUCACAUGAUUCUUAUAAGAAAUUCUUAAUGUGCUUUUGUCUUAUGCUUAAGACAUCUGUAUUGUCUAGUUUAAUGUAUUAACUCCCCAGCUUUAUAGCAUCCUAGUUCAGUUUUAUCUAUUAACUAGCAUAGGGUCACAAACGAUGUGUCUUUUAAUGUUUUAACAAAAUGCCUUGGCUGGAACAAGGCGGAAGGACUGGUAUAAAUUUAGCCAAAAAUUUAUGAUUAAUAUUUCUAUGUGGUUGGUGUGUUGUUGGGUUUUUUUUGUUUUUGGCCUAAGGAUAUUUUCACAUAUCAAUAUAUAGCUGGAAGAGUUCCAAUUGGGCAUUAAAAAUAGAGAAAUACAGAAAGGAAAUGCUUUUUGUAAUAAAGUCUUGGUCUUGGAUUUGGAGAUGUACAGAAGUCUUCUAUAAUGACUUUCAGUCUUGAAAUAUAGAAAUACGUUAGAUAGGAAUAUAUAAAUUUGACAUUGUUUAGUUAAUUUAAAGUGCUGCGAAAGCACAAGAACUUCUGGGGAAAUACUGUUUUUUUUUUGUUCCUUUGUUUCUAUAGUGUAUCAACAGUGUCUAAAGGCAUUGCCUCCAUAUAGGAAUUUGUUUUAACUGAGAACCUUUCUGCUAGAUUUCAUUUAGUGUGGUGUUUGCAUAAAAUACAAAUCAUCUUACAAAGAUAUAAGGCACAUUCUGUCCUCAGGAAUAUGUAUUACAUGAAUGCUGAUUAACCUAUAUUUUCAUAUUCUAGAUAUUUCUUUCCAAAUAAAUGACCAGUAUAAAUGACUUGUGUAUGCGGGCUGUAUUUAUGAAGUUUCCAAAGCUGCAGAGCUUCAAAACGUAGCAUCUGUGCAAAGAUGCUUUAGAUCAUUCCUGAUCUAGUUUAUAAUAACUAUGUUCUAUGCAUGCACCUUGAGAGACCGCAUGAGCAGGUACAGUACAGCUUUUUAAAUAUUACAGAUCCUAGUUGCUAGUACAAAAAGUCUUACCUAUUCCUAUCUGAACUCAGUAUCUUGAUACAAUCAAAAAGGAAUCUUCAUUCCAGAAAUAAAAAAAAUCCAUCAAUUUAGCAUUCAUAUUUUUUAUUAACUUAAAUUUUAAAUUUGUGCCUAACGUGUGAGAUCAGAAAUCUGGUGGUUGAGAAAAGAAAAACAAUUAUCCAAACAGAGCUUGAUUCAAAGAAUUCUAUUGCAUCAUCCUCACUAAUAUUUACUUUCUGCCACUGAAAGUGAAUAGAUCAAUAUAUAGAUUAACAGCUCAGUAUUCAUACUUGGACCCGGACUGGAAUUUCUAAAGUUGAAGUUUGGACUCUUAGUACAACAGUACUGUGUUAAUGUACACUAUGGACUUUUUAGUGCAUGCUAUUUGUGGCUUCAUGGGCCAAUUAGUGUGCAACCAUGGCAUGCUUUGGAAUUCACACCCCUCUAGUGCUUAUGGCUGUGGCAUGUAAACAAGCUUCCAAUUGGCACUUAGAAUGUAAAUGCCUACCAAAUAUCCCAAAUACACGGCUGGAUUUGGGUAUCUUUUUAAGGUGUUUUAAAGAUGAAAACUAGUCCCCAACAUGUGUAUUUUUUACCUAAAACUCUCCUCACGCUACUCUUACAUAAAGGUUUUGUAGAGAAAUUUAAGAAUACUUUUUUAAGCUGAUCUCAGAAACAGCAAGCCUAAAGUGUCCAUGCAGAUAAUAUAUCAUAAUUGUUUUUCUUUAGAAAUAUGUUAUUUCAUUUUUACAUAGUAAGCACAUCAAGUGAACUGUUACUGUGAAUUGCACAUGUGCAAGAGCAGUGGUUCUCAAACUAUGUUCCGUGGAUCAUCAAAGAAACAUAAGGGCCAGUGUGGGUUUCAAGAAUCAGAGGGGUAACCGUGUUAGUCUGGAUCUGUAAAAGCAGCAAAGAGUCCUGUGGCACGUUAUAGACUAACAGAGGUUUCAAGAGGUAGAUCUAUAAAAGGAUCCCUCCUAUGAAAUAGUCUACAACAAUUAAAAAUCGUUUGGGAAUCACAGCUUUAGAGCAGGUGUUGGUUUUGCCAUUUGCAUUUUGUAAUAUUUGCUCCUAUGGGUUAGCCAUCCUAAAUUAAAAAAAAAAAUCAUUUAAGAUCUACAAGUAGUCUGCUUUGAGGGAUUUUCUUGCUAUGACUUACUCUCCUGUAAAUUGCAAAAGCUGACACUGACUCAGAGAAUUUUUGGGAUGACUAAAACCAUUGUCAUUUACCUGUGAUUGCUUGUGCUUUUUUAUGGACUUAGUUCAUCUGCUGGAUUUUGCCAUGAUAUGAUUCAUUCCAUAUCGUUAACAUAGACAUGCUAACGAGAUAUUUCCUUUUUUUGUUUCAUUUGAAAUCCCCCUUCAUUUUAAAAAUCAUAUGGCUACUAUAGAUAACUGUAUUUUAGCAUAAAUACUCACUAAAAUAAGUGUAAAUAAGCUCUCUUUAACAUUUAGCGGGCAACAAGUUUAUAAAGAAAAUUCAUUUUACUUAAGUACCUACAUAUGAAAAGAAAAAAGUUAUAGAAAGAUAAAACUAAAUAAACUUUCAUAUGCAAGGUGUGAUAUAAAGAUGGAAACAACUGAGAAGUGCAAAGUAGUUUAGGGGUAAGUUCAUUUAACAUUCCUAAUAAAAGCAAUCUUCUGUGCAACAGGAAAUUUUUCCUGUUUCAUAAUUUUCACAACAGACUGAAGAUGAUCACUCAGGACAAAUAUAUGGAAAUUGAACAUGCAACCAUGUUUGUGUUUUUAGAUAAUAUUGCAGCUGAGACUAUAACUUACAGGCAAUUUGGUAUGUAGACAGACUGUUAUACAGGGCAAAAAUCAAAGAAAUUAUUAAGCCUGUCACAGCACACCCACAGGUGGCUUACUAUACUAAUACAGCUAAAGGGUAACAUUUUCAACAGCUCUUAAGUCUCUGAUGAAUGUACGCCCCAUUGAAAGUCACUUAUACAGUUAGUCCAACCUCUUUAUCUCCUCCCACAAUGUAUCCAUAUUGGUAAAAUUAUAUAUUUUACAGUGGUAGAAUGUAACAAUCCAGCACUGUAAAAAAAUCUACUGAGGAACAGAUGCAGUAUGGGCCUGAUCCAAUGCCUAUUAAAGUCAAUGUAAAGACUCCCAUUGACUACACGUGGCUUUGGACCAGGCCCUAUAUUGGUUGUAAUCAAGAAUAAGAGGGUUGCAGUUAAGUUGCUGUAGUAGCUUUCACGCUUCAUUUCCUUUCCUUUUGGAGUUUAUUACUCAUUCUGGCCAAACUCUGUGCUUAAUUUAAAGGCAACUGGAUGGCUGGGGGGAUGGGUGAUGAGACAAAGUCUUUCAUUUUUAGAUCACAGUUAGAUCCUAGCCAGGUGGAUCAACUGAUACCUUCUCAGUGACUUACAUGGCCUGAGUCCUGUUUCCAAUUAACAAUUGUCUACAUCACAAAAAUUCCACCAGAACUGACACUCUUGUUGGCAUUCCCAGUAGCAAGGUCGAAGUUAGUGAAUGUCCACAUAUACUGAACUAUUGGAUGAUUCUUCCAGAUCACAGUGCACUUUGACAGAGUAGUGUGGGGAAGUACACACUGCUGCUGAAUCUGCAGCUAGGAUUUAGUUUUCCAGAACUGUCCAUCCAGCACCUUUGAAAAUCACUAAAUUCCCACAUACAUUCUCAAAAUACUGAAAUCUCGAGACCCUCUGUCCUUCUCUAUUGUAUAAUAUUAACAUAUAUAACUUGACUUAAUUGAGAACAUUUUGAAGCCAUCAGCACUGGGUUUGUAUUGAUAGUUUUGGCCUCAUCUUUACACUGUAAUGUUCUAUGCUGCCACCUUGUAUUGGCAUGGUUUAGUAGCAUCAUAACAGCACAACUUCAUUGUGAUAGCACAACUAGGGAGUGCAUAGAAAUCACGUUGCUGUUCCCUGUAGAGGUAAAUUUUUUAAUGCAGCAUGGUAGUUUAGCCAUGAAAUGUUAAUUAUUCCUAUAGCUGAAUAGCUAUUCACUGCAUUCAAAUAUGUACCCUUUAAUGUCUCCAUUGGCUUGCACUAACUGUUUUGCCAUAGCCUUUGUUUUGUAAUAUACUCUGCAUAGACUUGCAUUGAUAUUGCCAGGAAUUUGCAAUUAGGAUGCUAAUAGUUGAUAAAUUAGCAUUGAACCUAAUGCAUUUUAAUCACUGAGAACAUGGCAGUUGUUCUGUUCACCCCAUCCUACUCCCCUUAAAAAAAAAACACAAAAAACAAAACCUUAUCAUCUUUUUAUUUUGUGUUCCAUUUAGAUGACUCAGAAUCUUGUAUUUGUACAGUCUGCCAAAAUGUUUAUUCUAAUUUCUAUAUAGGUUAGUAACAGUAAAAUUUCAAUUGUUUGAAAAGAAUUGUGUGUAAAAAUGUUACUAAAUAACAAAGUUAAAUCAUUUUUACUCUAAUAAUAGUCCUGUCUGACUUGCAAUAUCACGAUCAUAGGAGAUUUCUAAAUAUAUUUGUGUAUAUAUUUGAAAUUUAUGUAAUAUUUAAAUACAACUUGGUUUCUAAGUAAAGAAUUAGAAAAAAAAACUUCCUCUAUUUUUUCUAUUUACAAGUCCAAACUUUGUAAGUAAUAUUUAAAAUGAGAUUGCAAUACUUACCAGAAAAUGUUUGAGAAUAAUUGACUUUGAAGUACUACAUGCUAAAAGUCUCUGUGGCCUGUUAAUUGUUGAUUUCCUUUUGUGUUUAAAAUUACUUUUAAUGACCCUAUGAAUAGCCUGAAACUUUAAGAAUUCACACGGGAAAAAAUAGUUUUAUGUCAUACAAAGGAGAAGGCUUUUUUGUUUUUUUCCCCUGGAAAGUGAUUGAUCUGAUUAACUGUUGUAAGACACUUUUGGCAUAAAUUUGUCCUUGAGAUGCUGUUUACUUUAUCAAGGUUUACAUGUACAAAUUCAACUACUUAUUGUAUCAUACACAUUUGAAUAUUGCAUUUUUCAGUAAUAAACUUGGAUAUCUUUA